CAGGAGAGAAUGUCAUUUCCUGGAUAAACAGAGGUGAAUGUUAAGUAACUAUCAUUGAAUGGUGGUUCCCAGCGUUUAUGCUCAGUGCUCUUGGACUCCUACUUCUCCACAUGUUAGCUGAAACUCUGCAGCUGUAUUUCAACAUGUUUGCUUCAUAGGAAAGGCGCUAGUGAGUUUUCAUUAAGCAACAGAGACUGAAAAUACGCUAUUCUCUGUCUUCAUGGCGACCUCUGCCCAUGUCUCCAAAGUCCGCUCUUUGUACAAGAGGAUUCUCAUCUUGCAUCGAUUCCUGCCGAUAGAUUUGAGAGCGAUGGGCGACCAGUAUGUGAAAGACGAGUUCAGAAGACAUAAAAGUGCCUCUUCAUCGGAGGUCAAGUGCUUCAUGAGAGAGUGGGAGAACUACAAGGACACGCUGCAGACUCAGAUACUGGAAUCAGCAGGAGAAGAACGAAACCCAGUCAAGUUCGGGGCCGAGCUACCAGAGAGGAAACUCAAAGACUUCCAAGAUGAGCAGAUAGGCCAGCUGUAUGAGCUCAUGCUGGAGGCCACCAAACCCAACAGACAGUUUAAUAUCCAGGAGGACAAUGUCAAGAAGUGAAGCCAUUGUGGCAGACUUCUGGCAUAUGACACACCAAUGGACAAGGAAGAAGAAAAAUAGAAAAUUCAAAGAAUGGCCAGCAAUUCAUUCAGAACGCUAAUAAAGACCCUGAGUGCUUCAGAUGAAAUAAUUUAAGCUAGUGUACAGGCUUUUAAGAAUAUUUGAUUAUAUUAAAGUACUGUGUAAUAUCUCUGUUCUUGUCUUUGACAAUAAAAUAAGUUCUUUAUGGUUCACUGCAA